AUGACCGUUCACACAAAUUUCGGACAAACGUCACCUUUUGAGCAUUCACACGAGAUUAUCCCCACAAAUUGUAGUGCAUUUAUCGAGCAUUCUCUGGUGUGCAUAGUCUGCAUUAUCUUUUCCAUCAGUCGCGUCUCCCAGCAUGGAUGCAUCUGCUUUUAUGAGCAAGAGCUACGGAAAUGGCGCCCUAAAAAUAAACGGAAAACCCGAGAUGAAAACACAUGUCAAGAAAAUAGUAUCAGUCUUCUGCACAGCCCUACGAGAGAAGAAAUGGGACAAAAAUUCUUGUCGCGGGGUAGACCGAUAUAUGCGAUUGCCUUUGUCGGAGAUAUCGGUGAAUACUUAAUAUACCAGGCAUGCUCGCCGCAGAAAAAAAAACCACACCCACUUUUUCUACACUUUUCUUCAAACAGUUUCCUUGAAGAGCUUUACUCACAAGGACUUCCCGCCACUUAUACCUACAUCAAAAUGUCCACCACAACAACCAAGUUGAACCAGCAGGAAAUUAUUCCGCUGCGCACAGAUGUCGGAGCCUUGGCCAACAGAAUCAACAUGGAAACCAGAAGUCUUCAUAAUAAGAUCGACAAGUUGGUCACACUCAAGUUUGCGCUUGCCUUGCGUGACUACAAGAUCUUCAGACAAGGCUUGCAAAGUUUUUACCACGUGUUUGCCACGAUUGAAGAGUGUUUGUACAAGCAGCUCGAAAACGAAGAUUCCGAGUGGACCCCGCUUCUCAGAAAUGUGUGGAAGCCUGAGAUGGCCAGACGCGAGAAGGGCCAGCAGGACUUGUUGUUCUACUAUGACGGCAGAAAAGAGAAGUUCAUGACGCCCAUCAUGCCUGCGCAAAUCGAGUUUGUCAACCACAUUCGCCAGGUGACGAGCGAGAAACCUUAUCUCUUGUUGGCAUACUUGCAUGUGAUGUACUUGGCGCUUUUUGCUGGCGGGCGUGUCAUGAGAUCGUCCAUUUCGAGAGCCACAGGCUUGUUUCCUCGUAAGGAUGGUUUGAGCCACGGUGAAAUCGUCAAAGAAGGCUCUAACUUCUUCCUGUUUGACGUGGAAGAUGAGAACACGUUCCGUCUUCUCUACAAGAGAGACUACGAGUUGCAAACGAGAAACAACUUGACAGAGGAGCAGAAGUUGGAAAUCAUCGAGGAGUCCAAGUACAUUUUCCAACAGAAUGCCAAGUGUGUCAUAGAGUUGGAGCACCACAACUUGAGCCGCAUCAAAAGCAAGUGGUCCUACUUCUUUGUCACCAGAGGCUACUACAUUGCCAUCGCCAUUUUCUUCGUUAUUGCAUUGGUGUCUCUUCGGAGAAUCUACUCCCACGUCAUAGCAUAG